GGUGACAGUCAAAGGCCUCUCUCAGAGAGCUAAACAAGUCCCAGUGCAAGCGUCGAGUGUGCCACCAAACUCUGUGGAAAAACAACAACAAAAAAACUUUUCAGUUUGGAAAUCUGACUGAGUUAAGGAAGGGGAAACAUUUUUAAGGGGGGUCUGGUCCGCUGGUCCUGGUGGCCGUGACGGAGCCAUAACGAAGUGGAACCAGGAUACCGGAGGGCUGAGGUGGCGCCAGAGAGACUAAGGGUCGAGGUGGAGCCAGAGGGAGGGCGGAGCCAGACGGAGCCAUGGGGUGGAGAGACGAAGUGCAGCAGGCGGCUUGCAAGUCCGUGGCACAGGCUUGGCGACGUCUGCCCAAGGUGGAGCCGGAGUAAUGAAUGAGCCCAGUGGAGCCGUAAGUCCGAUGGUCCCAGAUGGAGCCGAUGGAGGGAGGAGCCAAGGCAGAGGAGUCUGGACGACGGACUGAGGUGGAGUGACGGGAUCAGCAGAUGGAUACCACUGUCCAGGAGGAGCUGGAUACCAGAAGGCCCGGGGUGGAUCCAUGCCAAAGAGGGGAGGUUGAGGAGGACCUGAGGGGCUGAUGGGAGAGAGCGGUGACUGGGCAGAGAAACUGGCUGAAGUUUGAAGAGAAGGUGGAAGGCUAAGAGGGAUCAUAGGAGACGCAGGAGACUUGAAGCGGGGACAAAAGAGACAAGGUAACAUCUUCAAACAAAUGAAAUAGUUUAGAGGUCACCCCCAGUGGCGGGAGUGUGGGCAGGGCUCCUUUCCAUCUCCUCAAACUCCACGAUGACGGACUAUGUUGCUGGCUCACACACUUGGUCAGACAUCUUGUGAGGCUCAGGCUCGGGGGUGAUGGCUUGCCCCACCCUAUUCUCUGACAUGGGCUUGUGCAGGCUGUGGAUAACUGUCUGUGGUGGGUUCAUGCAAACAUUCCGUGCAGCAGGGUGAUGGCAGGCUGGACUCUGGGUGUGGAGUGGGGCUGGUGAUGUCCUCCUCAGCCUGGCAGAUGGAUCCAUCAUGGCAGCCGCCCAUGUGUCCAUGCCAGGUACCAGAGGAACCAACCUGGAAUUUGCGGACUACAGUCUCUAUAGCAACCUGUCUGAUGAUGAGCUCAUGCAGCUGGCAAUCGAGCGGAGCCUUGCUGAUGGCCAGAGCUCUGGGCCGAGGUCAGAAAACUCUAACAAUCCCGCUACUCUGAACACGCCAAGAGUACAACGCCAAGCUCCACCAAUGCAUCGUCCCCAGCAGCAACUAGAACCAGCUGCGUGUCCUGCCAAUCCACCAAGAGAAAAUCCACAGGGUGUGUGUUCAGUGGGUCACUUUGUGACUGGUUCUGGCAAGCGAAUGGUGGCAUAUCGAAGAUAUGAUGGAACUAUGCAAGUCGUACCUGAGCCUGAAGAGGAGAUUGCGCCUAUUGUUAAGGCCAUUUUGGACGGUGAUGUAGGAACAGUGAGACUAUUGGUUAAGCAACCUGGUUGCAAUGUUCUUGCACCAAAUAAAGAUGGAUGGAUUCCUUUGCACGAGGCGGCAUAUUAUGGACAAGAUCAAUGCAUUAAGAUUCUCCUGAGAGCUCAACCUGGAAUGGUUAACCAGCGCACUUUAAAAGGGAAGACUGCUUUAAUGUUCGCUGUGGCCAGGGAUCACCUUGCAUGUGUAGAGAGUCUUCUGGAGAAUGGGGCUGAUCCUGAUAUUUCCAAUAUGGAGAGGGAGACUCCCCUUUACAAAGCUUGUGAGAAGGAGAACCCAGCAAUGGUUGCCAUGUUACUGAAUUAUGGCGCCUCUGUGAAUAAGAACUGUAUUCAAGGCUGGACCGCUCUCCAUGAGAGUGUGUGCAGGAACAAUGUGGAAAUCUGUGAGAUGCUGGUAAAAGCUGGAGCCAAAGUCAACAUGCCCAACAUGUACGGAAUUACUCCUAUCUUUGUCGCCGCCCAAAGUGGAAAAGUGGAUGCACUUCGCAUGCUUUUAAAAAAUGGUGCAGAUCUCAACAGCCAGGCCACAGAUGGAGCCACAGCGCUGUAUGAAGCCUGUAAAAAUGGUCAUGAUGACAUUGUAGAGUUCCUUCUAUCUCAAAAUGCAGACGCCAACAAGCCGGGCAAAACAGGACUGAUGCCAAUCCAUAUUGCUGCCCAGCGUGGCAAUGAUGGCAAAGACUUCGGGCGUACCCACAAAAAUACCAGGGAAACUAACAAGGUAAGACUCAAGAACACAAAACUUCUCAUUUUCAGCAUUGUAUCCAUGCUGAUCCGAGCCACAAGUAAGGCCAGAGUCAGACGUUCAGGUAUCAGCCCUCUCCAUUUAGCAGCGGAGCGCAACAGAAAUGAUAUUCUCGAGUUACUGAUCGAGGCUGGCUUUGAUGUCAAUGCCACACUGUCUGAUGAUCGUUCUAUGAUGUAUGAAGAUCGACGCAGCACAGCUCUCUACUUUGCGGUCAUAAACAACAACAUCGAUGCUACCACCAUGCUCCUGGAGGCUGGUGCUAACCCAAACCUGGACACGUUCAAACCGCUCCUGGUGGCCCUGAGGCAGGGUUGCAUACAGACAGUGACUAUGCUGGUGAAACAUGGUGCUGAUGUCAAUGCCUACAUCCCAACUCACCCAACUGCCUUUCCAGCUGCUGUUAUGUUCUGUUUGAAGAAUCUGUCCUUACUGAAGUAUCUGAUGGAUAAUGGCUGUGAUGCCUUGUCAUGUUUUAAUUGUGUUUAUGGCAGAAAUCCUCAUCCUCCUAUAAAGAUUAGGCGUAAUCUAAGAUAUGAUUCAGAAGAAACUAUGGAAAAGACCUGUGUUCAGUUCUGCGAGUUGAUCUCCACCGAAACCUACUCCCACUGGGCAGGACCGAUUAUAGACGUGCUGCUUGACUAUGUUGGGCACGUGAAACUCUGUGCACGCCUCAUUGAACAUCUGGACAGUUAUUACGAGUGGCAAUGCAUCAAAGAGAAAUCAACGCCUCCACGCCCACUCAUGCAGCUCUGCAGACUGGAAAUCCGCAAACUGCUCGGGAUCAACAGACUGAAGAAAAUUUGCAAGCUUCCAGUUCCUCCAAGGUUGAUCAAAUUCCUAAAUCAUCAAGAACGAGAGAUAGACUUUUAAGCCUGCCAGAGUGUUGUAGUUAGUACAGAGAGAACAAUGACAUUAGAAAAUCAUAUACUUCUGUUUGAAGAACUUGCACUAAGCUAAAAUUCUAGAAUAAAUAUUGUUUACGUUCUGAAUCAAUUUUUGCACAAAUGUAACAAACAAAUGUGCUGCUUAAUAGUGUAAAAAGCCAUAAAUGUUUAUAUGUAAUUAUCAGACAUAAACAGAAUUUAGAGAACAUGUAUUAAAUAGAUUUAGUGGGUACAUAGUAUUAUAUUUUGUCUGUAGCCUAUGCUUAAAAAAAAGUUAUAAGGGGUGUUAUUGGCACCAAAAAUGACAGAGGGUGACAGAAAAUAUUUUUACUUAUUGCAGUGUAGUAGAAAUAUAUAGAACGUAUUAAGAAGUAUACUUGAUGUUUAUGUGUAUAGUUUUGUAUUUUUACUUUUGACUGGUUUUCUUAGUCAGGUGUACAUUUCUAGGAUUUUGAGGUUUUACUUGCUUGCAAAGCGAACCAAUACUCAGAAAUGCAUCACAUUCUUCGAACUUUAAAUGCUAUAUAAAUUUUAAAUGGCAUAAAUUUCCCCGAUUUAGUCAGUGCUUUAUAAGUUACCUGUGACAAUGCAUAUGUUUGAACAACUUCCAAUCAUAUGACUCUUAUCUACCAAUAAAGUGUUGUUAACUAAU